GAAGGUGUCAUUUUUCCUCAGUUGACACAACUUGCCUAGCCCAGAAGUUUCUGUUUGUCACAUGCGUGUCGUGGACGGCGACGUGCGGAGUUGAGGGGAACUGAGAGAGAAUCUCUUUUAAUAAGCCGAGUAGAAUUAUAUUAAUAGCUUACGUGCCAGUAGGGUUGUACUUCUCCUAGAUCCCUUUUUUCCUAACCUAGUGCUGCACGUUGUAUCCCGUCGUCUGUUUUUUUUUUCCUGCGUACGCCGCCGGUCGGGGUCGGAGUACUUAUAUUUGUUUCACGUCAUCAGCUCGAGAUGCUGGUUAUUUCGCAGCAGGUGCCUUGACGUGCUGGGUUUCAGUGAGUGUGUGGUGUAGGCUCAACUGACUGCAUACGCCACUAUAGAGCACAACCCCAUGUCCCGGAAGCAGGGGGGGAAGCCGGUGCGUGGGAACCGGAAGUGUGACCUGGAGAGGAAGCGGGAUGAGCGUGCGGCACGUAGGGCCCUGGCCAAGGACAAGAGGAACCGGCUGCAGGGGGAGGACGAGGGUGACGAGUUCAUCAGCUUCACCAACCAACUGCAAGCACUUGGACUCCGGCUGAGAGAAGUGCCUGGGGAUGGGAACUGUUUGUUCCGAGCCUUGGGGGACCAGCUGGAAGGCCACUCCAGGGGCCACUUGCGCCUGCGUCAGGAGACUGUACAGUACAUGCGCACCCACCGGCAGGACUUUGAGCCCUUCGUGGAGGAUGACGUGCCCUUUGUGCAGCAUUUAAGCAACCUCUCCCAGCCUGGCACAUUCGCAGGAAAUGAUGCCAUCGUAGCCUUUGCCCGCUGCCACCAGCUGCGUGUGGUCAUACACCAGCUCAACAUGCCAUUGUGGGAGAUAAACGGUUCAGAGAAGCCAACAUGUAGAGAGCUGCACAUUGCGUAUCGCUACGGUGACCAUUAUGACAGCAUUCGUCGCAUUGGAGACAACUCUGAAAGCCCUGCCCAGCUGCGCAUUGAGAACUUGAAUCGGCCGAGAAGUCAGGGUGAAUCUUGCCGACCAGAAGAUGCACAGAGAGGCCGUCACAACAUGCCCUCACUGUCUACUUCUGCGGAGGAGGACCUGAUAUUAAGUUGCUUCGAUACCCACAGUCCCCAGGGUCUGGAUCCUGUGCUGAACUGCCCUGCCGAGUGGCUGGAGGAGGAGAAAGAGUGCAUACAAACAUGCCUCUCUGAUUCAUCCACACCUGCAGUGGGAGCUGAAAAUAAAGCGCCGGCAGACAGCAGUAACUCACAGAAGGCCAAGAUAUCAAACAAACAGAGGAAGGAGCAGCAGCGCCUGGAGAAGAAGAGGAGGCAAGAAGAGAGACAUAGACAGAAGGUCCUACAGAGCAGGGCUCCACAUGACCAGAACCUUAACCCGGCAGAACCAGUCACUUUGAUUCCAGCCUUGAACACACUGAGCAUCUAGAACUGAGCGAAGACGUGUACAAAGCUCAUGGGACUAGAGUUACCACUCUGCCAAGUGUCCGAUUUGAUUCAAUGUUUUGCACACCUCUCUUGUUCUUGUCAUAUGCUGAGUUUUCACAUUUGAUUAUGCAUCUGCAGAUGUGGCGGUUUGGGGCGUUCUGUGAGAGUGGGUGAUGUGUGUAACUCUGACACUUUCCCUCUGGAGAGAUGCUGUUUGAUUCAGGCAGAUUUAUUAUUUUUUUUUUUAGGGCCGAUAGGUUAUAGAGAUCAUAGAAAAUAGAGGUACAAUUUUUUUUUUCAAAGGGUCAGGAUAUCAGAAUAGGCUCUAUAUUCCAGAAACUCUUCAUGUCAGACAUAAUCAAGCAGCAUGCUCUACAGAUCUGUUUGGACAUAAUCCAAUCUGUUAUUAGAGUUUGCAAG